ACAGAGUGAGUGUUUUAUGUGUGUGUGUGUGUGUGUGUUGUAUGAAUGUUGAGUGUGUGUGGGAGUGUUUUGUAGUGUAGGUUGUAAACGUUCACCAGCUCCGGAUCCUGUCACCGCCUUGCACCGCAGCAGGCAGGGCUCCGUGUGUGUUUCCUACAUGCAAGUUACCGUCUGCGGCUCCACCAUCGUUGGCCAGCAAUGACCGAAAGCCCCGCGACCAAGCCAGCCAACGGGGACGUGUGUCAGCAGCGGGUGAAGAACGGACUGAAGCCGGACAGGAACGGCUUCUCGUUGGUGAGGAGCCUCCACCGCUGCUGCCAUGAGCGGCUGCCCAAGCACUGCCACUGCCAGCCCGAGGAGGAGGAGAUCCAUGUGGCAUCGCAUCAUGGCGGCCUAUACGGCCGGCCCUUCAUUGAGUCUUUCGAGGAGACGCCCAUGCUAGUGGCAGUGCUCACCUACAUGGGCUACGGCAUCCUGACCGUCUUCGGCUACCUCCGCGACUUCCUCCGUCACUGGAAGAUCGAAAGAUGCCACAUCGCCAGAGAGAAGGAGGAGCUGAAGGGCUUUGUGCCCCUCUACCAGGACUUUGAGAACUUCUACACCAGAAACCUCUACAUGCGUAUAAGAGACAACUGGAACAGGCCCCUAUGCAGCGUCCCGGGGGCCAAAAUGGACCUGAUGGAACGAGCCUCCCACGACUACAACUGGACUUUUGAAUACACAGGUCGGGUAAUGCAGGAUGUGAUCAACCUGGGCUCGUAUAAUUACCUCGGCUUCGCUGAGAACACGGGUCCGUGUGCUGACUCCGCUGCCGAGGUUACCAUGAAGUACGGCGUCGGAGUUGCGAGCACCAGGCAGGAGAUUGGUAACCUAGAUAGACACGAGGAGAUGGAGAAACUUGCGGCUAAGUUCCUGGGCGUGGAGUCAGCCAUGGCGUUUGGGAUGGGCUUUGCAACCAACUCCAUGAACAUACCAGCACUGGCUGGCAAGGGCUGUCUGAUUCUGAGCGAUGAGUUGAACCAUGCCUCUCUGGUUCUGGGUGCCAGACUCUCCGGGUCCACCAUCAGAGUCUUCAAACACAACGAUAUGCAGAGCCUUGAGAAACUGCUGAGAGAGGCCAUAGUUCACGGACAGCCCAGGACACACAGACCAUGGAAGAAGAUCCUCAUUGUGGUCGAGGGCAUUUACAGCAUGGAGGGCAGUGUAGUGCGCCUGCCAGAAGUGAUCGCCCUGAAGAAGCGCUACCGGGCCUACCUUUACCUAGACGAGGCCCACAGCAUCGGGGCCAUGGGGCCGAGGGGGAGAGGUGUGGUCGAUUACUUUGGCCUGGACCCCUGUGAUGUGGACGUCAUGAUGGGCACAUUUACCAAGAGCUUCGGCGCUGCAGGGGGAUACAUCGCAGGGAAAAGGGAGCUUAUUGAGUACCUGCGCUCCCAUUCCCACAGUGCGGUCUACGCCACCUCCAUGUCUCCUCCUGUGGUGGAGCAAAUCAUCACUUCUAUGAAGUGCAUUAUGGGAGAGGAUGGCACAACAAUAGGCUGUGAACGUGUGCGACAGCUGGCAGAGAACACAGUCUAUUUCCGCAAGAGGCUUCGAGAAAUGGGCUUCAUCAUCUACGGCAACGAGGACUCGCCUGUUGUGCCCAUGAUGCUCUACAUGCCCGCCAAGAUAGGAGCGUUUGGCAGGGAGAUGUUGAAGAGGAACAUCGGCGUGGUGGUCGUGGGCUUCCCCGCUACGCCCAUCAUCGAGUCCCGGGCACGCUUCUGCAUCUCAGCCGCCCACACAAAAGACGUGCUCAACAGGGCGCUGAGUGUCAUCAGUGAGGUAGGAGACCUCCUUCAGCUCAAGUAUUCCCGACACAAAAUACAGCCGUCUAUGACGCGGCCCUUUGACGAUAACGUGUACGAGGACAUCGACGACUGAUGAGCCACUCCUCACCCUCAAAGUGGCGUGAACCAGAACAACCCCAGAAAAAAUACAGAACGGCUCAAGACGGAUCACAAGUCUUCCCCAGGGGCCCUGAGACGUGCACAGGUGCCCCUCGUCACUAGCUUGCCGUAAUGUAACCCCCAACAAACGGAAAACACUGUCGUCUAAUUCUACUUUGCCUUACAUAAACAUGCAGAACUUGGUGGUGCACACAUUGGAAAAAGAGCACUUCUGCUUUUUCACUGUGUACUUUUUAUUGCUUUUUAUCAUUUUGUGUCUAAGGAUUUUAGUUGUGUGUGUGUGUGUGUGUGUGUGUGUGUGUGUGUCUGCAGUGCUUGUAGCAUUCGUCAUGUUAAGCCUUGUGGUUAUGUGUUUGUGAAGUGGACAAAUGCCAACUUUCCAAUUGUCUCUGAAAUUGUAAGCCGCUGGGAUUAUUAUUUUUUUUUUUUCAUAUUAUGGAUCUAAAGUGAACUUUAACGGGGUAAAGUUAGAUUACUUUUUUAAACAAAAGGCUUGUUCUUUCAUCCAGUACCGUUCAGAUCAGUGAUCAUUGCCAUAUGCAGAAAGCACUGCAUGUCGCAAUGUUUGCACAGGACCCAUGUGAGCGACCGGAUUUCAUCCCUGUCGGUCUGUUUCUUUGCAAGAUAUCAUAACCAAGUGAAAUGGAUUUUAAGGAUUAUGUAUUUAAUGAUCCAGAUCUGGAUCUUUCUGCCAUUGGACGAUUGUAACAUUAUACUGUAUUCAUGUGCUGAUGGGAGAACCCCCAACAGCCACCUGGCAUUUUAUUUUGAGACUUGUUGCUGGUGGCAGUGCACACUCUACUGGGGAGCUUCUAGUUUUUGGUGGAAGUGGUUUUGCAUAUUAAAACAGGUAGAACGUUUCCCCCAUUUUUUUUAGGCCGACUUUACAUAUUUUUGAACCAACAUUUUCAUUACAUUACAUUGUCGUCAUUCCAUCCUUGGUUCAUCUAGACAGUAUAAAAAAAUAUAGAACCUCAGAGUUAAGCGUGGCAUUUCCAUCAAUGGUGGUGUUGAUGGAGCACUACAAAAUAAAGUUGCCAAAUUAUCAGAAUACAUUGAACAGCAGAAAGCUACCCUGAUCAAUGCAAUGACUUAUUGUAAAGAAAUCAUUUGACAUUUUUGGAACUAAGCUUGUUUGUUUUCUCUCUUUCUAGAGGUUGAUGAGGAGAUCAAUUCCACUUGGCUUAGCGUAGCCCAACCAGAAAUGGUUCCUGCCCGUUACUUCCCAAAAAAAAAAAAAAAAUUGUUAUUUUUACAUUUUGGUUUUUGUGCCAAUUAAACUUUAUGCUAAGUUAUGCUAAUAA